AUGCAUUGCAUAGCAAAAAAUAAUGUUUUUAUAGUGAGUAAUUACCUUGGAGAAAUGAACCAUAUUUGUCAAUAUUGUGGUGCCAAAAAUUUUUUAAAUGAAACACAUUUUCUGUGCUGCCAUUCUGGAAAAGUUGCGUUAGCUCCACUUUCGCCUUAUCCACUGCUCAUGCACAAUUUAAUGACAGGCAACCAUGUUGAUCGUGCUAUGAAUCAAAAUUUCUUCAAGCAUAUUCGAAGUUAUAAUGCCUAUUUAUCUUUUGCUUCAUUUACAGCAAGAAUAGCUCCUCCGUCUGAUCAUGGGCCACCCUGUUUUAGGAUUUGCGAACAAAUUGUGCAUCGUGUUGGUAAUCUGAGACCUGAUCAAAAUGUUCUGCCUGCAUAUUGUCAGUUAUAUGUUUAUGAUCCUAAUACUGCUUUAAAUUUUCGAAUGGAGCAAAAUGAUUGUUGCAUACGUGAGUUAAUGGAAUUUUUGCAGACUAUAAUUAAUCAAGAGAACCCAUUUGCUCUUGCAUUUAAAAACAUGGCUGAAAUUGAAGAUGAAGAAGUACGUCAAGCAGCUUUAGAAGGUCGACCAACUUCGAUUGUUAAAAUGUCAUUGCUUGAAGGUGGUGAUAGACGUCGAUACAAUCUUCCUUCACAUGAGGAAGUUGCCAUUGUUUUUGUUGGGGAUGAUGGUGCUCCACCUCCAUCUAGGGAAGUAGUUAUAUACCCUCGAGGUCAGGCCUUAAAAACAAUUUCAAGUAUGUCUGCAAAUCUAGAUCCAAUGAUAUAUCCAAUAUUUUUUCCAAGAGGUGAUGCUGGAUGGCAUGAGCAACUAGAGCAUCAUCCUGACCGAGCUACACGUGUUAGAAAUCGGGUUACUUUGUCUCAGUACUACAAUUACAGGCUUUCUGUUAGAGAAACCUUUAAUCCUAUAUUUUAUGGUAAGAAGCUUUUUCAACAGUAUGCUGUUGAUGCAUAUGUCAAGAUUGAAGGUCAGCGCCUUGCUUUUAUUAGAAAUAACCAAAACAGACUUAGAAGUGAACAAUAUGAUACAUUAUAUGAACAUGUAAAUAACGCUGCAAAUAACCUUAAUGUAAGACCAGGUCGUGUUGUUAUACUACCAUCCUCAUAUGUUGGAAGUCCAAGAGCUUUAAAAGAAAAUUUUGAAGAUGCAAUGGCAAUUAUAAAGAGAUAUGGCAAACCAGAUCUUUUUAUUACUUUUACCUGCAAUCCAAAAUGGAAAGAAAUUACAGAAAAUUUAAAUCCAGGUGAGAGCCCAUCUGACAGACCUGAUUUAGUUUGUCGUGUAUUUAAGAUGAAACUUAAAUGCUUCCUAGAUGAUAUUUUUAAACACGGAGUCUUAGGUAAAGUUAUAAGUCAUGUACAGGUUAUUGAGUUUCAAAAACGUGGUUUGCCACAUGUACAUAUUUUAUUGCACUUUGUAAAUGAUAAUAAGCUAGAAACAGCAGAGGAUAUUGAUAGUCUAAUAUCAGCUGAAAUUCCAGAUCAAACUGUUGAUCCUGAACUUUUUGAAAUUAUAAAAACAUGUAUGAUUCACGGACCAUGUGGAAUUUUGAAUCCCAAUUCUUCUUGCAUGAAAGAUGGGAUUUGCACAAAAAAGUUUCCUAAAGAAUUUAAUCCUCACACUGUUGCAACUUUCAAUGGCUAUCCUCACUACAGGCGUUUAGAUAAUGGUAGAGUAGUCGUUAUAAAAGGUAACCAAGUUGAUAAUCGAUGGGUUGUACCCUACAACCCUUGGUUAUCUAAAAAAUACCAAGCACAUAUUAAUGUUGAAGCUUGCAUGUCUAUUAAGUCAGUUAAGUAUUUAUAUAAAUAUGUCUAUAAGGGGCAUGAUUGUGCUCAUGUGUUAAUUAAUGAAAGUCUUGACCAUGAUGAAAUUAACACAUAUUUAGAUUGUCGCUUUGUUUCUGCACCAGAGGCUCUUUGGCGAAUAUUUGAGUAUUCCAUAAGUGAUAUGUCACAUACUAUUAUCCGCCUUCAAGUCCACCUUCCUGAUAAUCAGAGGGUAUAUUUUAACGAAGGAGAAGAACGAGUAGCUAUAGAUCGUGCUGCACAGCGUGACACUCACCUAACCGCUUGGUUUAAAUUAAAUGCUGAGAUAAAUGAAGCACGUCAGUAUUCUUAUGUUGAAAUUCCAUAUCACUUUGUUUUUGAUGGUAAAAAUUGCAAGUGGAAAGUAAGACAAAGAGGCAGUGAUAAGGUGAUUGUGCGAAUGUAUAAAGUCAAUCUAACCAGUGAAGUAUUUUUUCUUAGAUUGUUGCUUUUGCAUGUAAAAGGUGCAAUGUCUUUUGAGGAUUUGCGUACUAUUCAUGGCACUGUUUUUAAUACAUUUCGUGAAGCAUGUUAUCGAUUAGGUCUAUUGCAAGAUGACAUUGAAUGGAGAAAUACAUUAACUGAAGCUGUAGCAACUGGAAUGCCUAAACAAAUUAGGCAACUGUUUUCCAUUAUAUUGACUUUAUGUGAACCUGAUGAUCCUUUACACCUUUGGAAUACAUUUAAAGAUUAUAUGAUUGAGAAUUACAUACACCAUUCAAUGCCAGUUGUACUUGCUGAACAGACUGCUCUUCGUCAAAUUGAAUCUAUAAUUAAUCAGAGUGGUAAAACUUUAACUGAUUAUAAUUUGUAUACAUUAGAUCAGUUAUUAGAUAAUGUCCUAGAAAAUGAUGAUGGAGAUAUUCAGGUAUUUAUUGAUGAAGCAAAUCGAGUUAGACCAUUAUUAAACGAUAUUCAGCGUAAUGUAGCUGAUGCAAUCCUUGCUGCACUUAGUGAAGAACCUAAUAAUGAAAAUAAGCAUUCAAGAUUUUUCUUUAUGGAUGGGCCUGCCGGUUGUGGUAAAACAUUUACUUACAAUUAUUUAAUUGCUGAAACACGCAGCAGGCAUAUUAGAACUGCAACAGCUGCAAGGACAGGAAUAGCUGCAACUCUUCUUAAGAAUGGAUGCACAUUGCACGGCUUAUUCAAACUUCCUGUUCCAAUUUUGGAAACUAGCACAUGUAAUGUAACUCCAAACUCCAUUCAUGGUAGAUUCCUGAGACAAGUUAGUUUAUAUUUACUCGAUGAAGCAUCUAUGAUACCCAAACAUGCUUUGAGUGCCAUUGAUAAGUUAUUACAAGAUAUUUGUAAUAAUAAGUUUCCUUUUGGUGGUAAAGUUAUUCUUAUGGGUGGAGAUUUUCGACAAAUACUUCCAGUUGUGAAGAGAGGUCGACCAGCAGAUGUUGUAGAAUCAUGUAUAAAGUGUUCUGAACAUUGGCAAUAUGUGCAAAGGUUUUCAUUAACUGAAAAUAUGAGGGUUCAGAUAGGAGAAGAGGAAUUUUCUCAAUGGCUUUUAAAGCUUGGAAGUGGAACAUUACCUGUCAAGCCUGAAGAUCCUUUGCAAGGGUGUAUUGAAAUACCUGAGCAGUGUUUUCUCAAUGAUAAUGAAUCUAUUGUGGAAAAGAUUUUUGGUGGUGCAGAAGAAGCUGAUUAUGCAAAACGUGCUAUUUUAACACCAACAAAUGUUGAUUCAUUGGCAAUAAAUGAAGAAGUCCUUCAUCGAUUACCGGUGAUGUUAAAACUUAUUUAA